AGGGACGAUGUGGUUUGCGUUGUCCCCGAGAAAACGUCACUGCGGAAGAGAAAGCCAGAGAGGAGAAGCUGGGAGUGUGUCGGAGCAGCGGCCAGGCAGGGAGCAGCAGACAUGUGGCGGGAGAGCCUUUCAAACGCAUGGGAGAGCAUCAUGUCCCGGAUCAGGCCUUUUGACUAUUCUCAGAAGAAUGCAGUCCUGGUCCCUGUGGCCGCCCUGGGGGUUGGAGGGAUGCUGCUCUGCUGGCUCAGAUCUGGACGCAAGAUGAAGACAAUUGACAUGGGUGAUGGGUGGUGGGGUGCAGGCGAAAGGCCCCCCAAAGGGAAAGAAGACACAAGCAUCCGUCCCUUCAAGAUUGAAACAUCUGACAAAGAAAUCGAGGACCUGCACCAGCGCCUGGAUCGGUUCCGCUUCACACCGCACGUGGAAGGAGCCGCCUUCCACUACGGCUUCAACUCCAGCUACCUGCGGAAGGUGGUGGACUACUGGAGGAAUCAGUUUGACUGGCGCAAGCAAGUGGAAGUGCUGAACAAAUACCCCCACUUCCACACCACCAUUGAAGGGAUUGAUAUCCAUUUUAUCCAUGUGAAGCCAUCCUAUGUUCCUCACGGUCAAGCUGUUCGACCUCUGCUGAUGGUCCAUGGCUGGCCUGGCUCCUUCUAUGAGUUCUACAAGAUCAUCCCUCUGCUCACGGAGCCAGCCAAGCACGGCCUGAAUGAGGGUGAUGUGGUGUUUGAGGUCAUCUGCCCCUCCAUCCCAGGAUAUGCUUUCUCAGAGGCCUCUCACCAGAAAGGGUUUGACUCCAUAGCCACUGCCCGGAUAUUCCAUAAGCUGAUGAAUAGAUUGGGCUUCAAGGAAUACUACCUACAGGGAGGGGACUGGGGAUCUCGCAUUACCACUAACAUGGCCCAGAUGCUGCCACAGUCUGUGAAAGGGCUUCAUCUGAAUCUUGUUUUCAUCAGCACACAAGGCUUGGGAAAGAUGAUUUGUACAAUGCUUGGGGCUUAUGUACCAUGGCUUGUAGGCUUCAGCAGGGAAGAUGUUCGACGUUUCUACCCUUUCAUGCAGAAAAACAUCUAUGAAGUCCUACGAGAGUCUGGAUACUUACACAUCCAAGCCACCAAACCAGACACUGCAGGUUGUGGACUGAAUGACUCCCCAGUGGGGCUUGCUGCAUAUAUUAUGGAGAAAUUCUCAACCUGGACAGACAAAUCAUUUCGGAAUAAAGAUGAUGGAGGCUUGGAAAGCAAAUAUUCUCUUGAUGAGCUUUUGACCAAUGUGAUGAUUUAUUGGGUGACAUCCUCCAUUGUGUCCUCAAUGCGAUACUACAAGGAAAACUUUUCCAAGGACCCAAGAAUUCAUGACAGGGUUAGCGUACACGUUCCCACAGGGAUUGCAGCUUUUCCUCAGGAGAUUGUACACGUACCACGUGUCUGGACAAAGAAUGUCUACAAGAACAUCGUCACUUACACUUACAUGCCACGUGGAGGGCAUUUUGCUGCCUUUGAGGAACCAAAGCUCCUGGCACACGACAUCAUGCAGUUUGUCCGAAAAGUGGAACAGCUGUGAGCCUGCAGUUGAAAUAUGUGCACAGAAUGGAAACAAGUGGCUCUACCAGUGACAGAACCUUUAGACUGGGUUUGUUUAAUCACUCAAAAUAAUCUCAUAUAGAAGCCAGCAUUUUAUUUUGAUAAUAAUUACAGUCUUGAUUUUUAAAAUUCAA